UUUUCCGGCGGGAUGCGGGGGGCGGCCGGGCCCCGCUCGGUGCCCGCCGCGCUCUGAGGGCCGGGCGGCGCGGCCGCGAGGGGGCGGCGGCGGAGCGGCGCCCGCGGCCCGGCCGGGUUCGGGCCCCGCCGCCCGCCCAAGAUGUGGACGCACGUCUGGGGAUUCCUGUACAACAACUACUUUCGGUUCUGGCUCAAGUGGCUGCUGCGGCUGCUGACGGGCAAGUGCGAGCUGCAGCGCCUGCUGGGCGGCGCGGAGGCGGGAGCGCGGCGGACGCUGGGCGUAGAACAUUCACUGGAAUCAUCAAAAAAUAAGGUUUUAAGAAAUGCUGUACACGUUGAAGAAGCUGAAGUGGAGAAAUGUGUCAGAGAUGUAAUGAAAGAAAAGAAGAUUGAACAGAAGGAUACAGGGUUUAAGAGAAAUUUGCAUAUAUCCUUACUACAGAUAUCAGGUUAUAAAAAACUGUAUUUGAAUGUGGAAAGCCUAAGGAAGGUCCCAUAUGAUUCAGAAAAUGAAGAACACGAGGAACAGUUAAUUGAGCUCUGGAAUUUGCUGAUGCCUCACGAGAAUCUGAAGGCCAGAAUCAGCAAACAGUGGUGUGACAUCGGCUUCCAAGGCGAUGAUCCCAAAACAGACUUCAGAGGAAUGGGGCUGCUGGGCUUAGUGAACCUGGUGUAUUUUAGUAAGCAUUACACCAAUGAAGCUCGUCAGAUCCUUUCUCGGUCAAAUCACCCAAAGCUGGGGUACUCCUAUGCCAUAGUUGGGAUCAAUCUGACAGAGAUGGCAUACAGCUUGCUCAAGAAUGGUGCUUUAAAGUCUCAUCUCUACAACAUGGUCUCUGGGUUGCCACAGAUGGAGCACUUCCAUCAGUUUUACUGUUAUCUAGUUUAUGAGUUUGACAAGUUCUGGUUUGAAGAGGAACCAGAAAGCAUUAUGCACUUCAACCAGUACAGAGAGAAAUUCCAUGAAAAAAUUAAGGGACUUCUACUGGAUUACAAUGUGGUACUGACCUUACAAGAGAUGAAGAAACCUUAAUUCCUGCAGUAAAUGAGGUUCUCUAUCAAAAAUUGGGUGAUGCAUUUGGACAGAAGUUUUGUGUGUUUCACCAAAAACUGUCUAACAAUAGAACUUUUUUUUUUUUUUUUUAACAUUAAAAAAAAGAAAAUUAGCAAAAUUCAGUUAAGAAAGCUUGGACAAUCAACCUCUGUUUACAGGUAUUUUUAUGCUAUUCUCCAAAGGGCAGCUUUUUGAAAAUGAACACAACCCAACAAACCAACACAAAAAACAA